CAGAUGCAGAACUUAUCAGCCAUAAAUACUGAAGGCAGCAGCCACGCAGACAUAGAGGAACUGUCCAGUUCCACUGUAGCAUACCAGUAGCGACGGCCAUGGCUCGCCGCCAGCGAGUGGAGGCUCGAGAGAUGGCCGUGACAAUGCUGUCACUUGCUCUAGCUGCGCUAGCGGCGCUCUUGUCUGGAUGCGCGGCGCAGCCGGGCAUCAGGUUCGGGUACUACGACAAGACGUGCCCGGGAGCGGAAGGGAUCGUGUUCAGGGAGACGGCGAGGAUCGUCAGGGCGUCGCCGGACCUGGCCGCGUCCCUGCUCCGGCUGCACUACCACGACUGCUUCGUGCAGGGCUGCGAUGCAUCUGUGCUGCUCGACUCCGCAGACGGGAGCCCCACGGAGAAGGAUGCCAUACCCAACGAGAGCCUCCGAGGCUUCGACGCCGUCGCGCGGGUCAAGGACAAGCUCGAGAAGGCGUGCCCGGCCACCGUCUCCUGCGCCGACCUCCUCGCGCUCAUGGCACGAGACGCCGUCGUUCUGAGCAAAGGCCCAUCCUGGCCCGUGGCGCUCGGCCGGAGGGACGGCCGGACGUCCCGCGCCGAAAACUGCGGCGAGCUGCCGCCGCUCUACGGAAAUAUCAGUGUCAUGAUCGAGGUGUUCGCGGCCAAGGGCCUCGAUGUCAAGGACCUCGUCGUGCUCUCGGCCGGGCACACGCUUGGGAAGGCGCACUGCUCGUCCUUCGCCGACCGCCUCUACAAUGGCAGCAUCCGCAGCACCGACCCGACCCUGGACGGAAGGUACGCCGACAGGCUGAGAAUGCGCUGCCGCGGCCCCAGCGAUAGCAGCGCGGCAGCGGAGAUGGACGCCGGUAGCUGCGGGACAUUCGACACGAGCUACUAUCGGCAGGUGGCCAGGAGGCGCGGGCUGCUCCGGUCGGACGCCGGGCUCAUGGAGCAUCCCUUCGCCGGUGCCUACGUCCGCCGCGCCGCCACUGGCAGGUACGACGGGGAAUUCUUCCGGGACUUCCGCGUCUCCAUGGCCAAGAUGGGCGCCAUCGGCGUGCUCACCGGCAACCAAGGCAAGAUCAGGACCAAGUGCAACCUUGUCAACUGAAUGUACUCUACUCUAGGCUCACGCAUGAUUGCAUUGUCACGAACUAGGAUGUGCCACGAUUUAUUUUACUCUUUUGUUUUGUUUAUUAUUAUGAGCUAGCUAUACAUAUUGAUGUUAAUUUGCUUCGUUAGUUCGUUAUGUUGUUUUCUUUUCAAGAGGACGCGAAUAAUGUACCAUAUUUUAUACAAGGGAGCAAAAUAUGCACUCUACAAGAUAGAGUGUGUACUCUCAAAAAAAACAAGAUAGAGUGCUAGUAGUGGUUAGAUCCACAUCCAUACCCACACCCACACCUAGAGAAAGAAAAAGCUACUCUCUCACAAAACAAAGUAAACUUUCUACAUUGGCAUUAGACCA